CUGUUCUUGUUUGUUCUUGGGUUCGCUCUGUUUUUUUCUUUUUCUGAAAAAGUUUAUUCCUUUACGAUUUUCCGUUACGAAAUCUAGUUCUACUUAACGCCAUCUCUCGCAGAAGAACCCCCCAUAAAUUCUGUUUUCGCAGAAUGGGUUUCUGCUGAAACACAAACAAAGAAUUUCCAAAACCGAGAAUUCUCUCUCUCUCUCAUUCUGCCGACCUUGAGUUUUUUUACGCGUUUGGGUUUGUGGGUUUUGAUUUAACUUGAAGAAUUAAACGUUGAAUUUGUCGUGACUUCCUGCGAAGAGAAAGUGUUCGUUUCUUCAAUCUUGAUCAAACAAGAGGAAAGUUUGAGUUUUCGUAAAGCGUAGAGAAGAACAGGACAAUUACUUGUUGUUUAUCCCUUUUUUUUAACUGUGAACGGAAAUCUCGCCGGCGUUUUGAGUCUACGGUGACAAGGAAGUGUUUGAUUUUGACACCAUUGCCAGCGAAAACAGAGAGAGAGAGAUAGAUAAUUAGAUAUUAAUAGGUUCCCUUAAAUUUAGCUGUCUAAAAUACCCAAAAAAGACUUAAAACGUCAAACGUAUACAAUUCUCUGCGUUUCCUUUAUUUUUCUUUUCUCAGUCCAUCUAAAAUCGAAUCCCGACAAUCUCUCCCUCUCCCUCUCUCCCUCUUCUCUCUGCCAUUAUCUCUGCCUGUUUUCCUUCUCUGUUUUCUGGGUCUCUCUCUGUUCUUCUCUGGGUUGGUUGAGAGAAUCUGAUUUUUCUAUCCUUUCUCUCAAUCUUCCUCGACCAAAUCAUGAUACUCGACAAAGCUUCAACGCAAUCAAACCUCGAUUGCUUGCUUCAUUGCACAACCCCUGUCGUCAAGUCUCAAUUUUUACCAAAGAGCGAGAUGAGGAACCUGAACCAUCUGUGGCAUCCAUGGGAGAGAGACGCAGUUGAGUAUUUCACCUUGGCUGAUCUUUGGGGCUUUUAUGAUGAAUUGAGUGCUUAUGGUGCUGGAGUUCCAAUUGUCUUGAGCAACGGCGAGACCGUAAUCCAGUACUAUGUCCCCUAUCUCUCUGCAAUCCAAAUCUAUACAAGCACUCCUUCAAUAAACGGUUCAAGGGAGGAGACGGAGUCCGGUGAUGGUGAGACAAGAGAUUCGUACAGUGAUUCAUGUAGUGAUGAGAGCGAGAGUGAAAAGAUGUGGAGAUGGGAUGGAUGCUCUUCCGAGGAUGGAGGGUUAGAGCAGGACGGCAUCUGUUGGCCUCUCAAUGAUAGACUUGGUUACCUUUACUUUCAGUAUUUUGAGAGAUCAACUCCUUAUGCUAGAGUUCCUCUCAUGGAUAAGAUUAGCGGAUUAGCUCAAAGAUACCCAGGCUUGAUGUCAUUAAAGAGCGUCGAUCUUUCACCUGCUAGUUGGAUGGCUGUUUCUUGGUAUCCAAUCUAUCACAUUCCGAUGGGAAGAACGAUAAAGGACUUGUCCACAUGUUUCCUUACGUACCACACUCUCUCAUCUUCUUUCCAAGAUAUGGACCAUGGAGACGACCUUGAAUUUGCAGAUAGCAAGAGAAAGGCAGGGGAAGGCAUCUCAUUGCCCCCAUUUGGUCUGGCCACUUAUAAGAUGCAAGGAAACAUGUGGGUUUCGGGUAAUUGGGGUCGGGACCAAGAAAAGCUGAUGUCCCUAUUGAGCGUGGCGGAUUCAUGGUUAAAGCAGCUGAGGGUCCAGCACCAUGACUUCAACUACUUCAUGGGCAUUAGGCGAGGAUAAAAUCAUUCGAUCAUUUACUCACUACUUUCACAUUUUCACUCAUCAUGAAAGUGACUCCUCACUAGAAUCCAUCCACUUGUGGUUGUUUUUUUCUAGUCUUGGUGCUGGACUGGGAAUCGGCUUUUAGAAAAUUCGAGUACUUGCAGUGUGGAUUCUUCUCCAUCUUUUGGAGUUCCCAUUGACAGGGAAUCUCGUAAGGGGCUAUGCUAUAUGUAUCCUUGUGAGAGUGUCAUUAGGGGUGUAAUGUUGAUUAGUUUGACUUUGACCAACAGAGGAUCUUGUGUUAAUGAGAUGGUUGUGGCCUGAGAGAGACUGAAGACUGAAGAGAGGCUUUUGAUUGUACAAAUACAUACUCUUUUGACAUUUGAGAUGGGUGUUAAAUAUGAGGCAAAUUAAUGCAGAUUGCAGGUUUUGCAAUUACUCGA